AUGGCUGCCUCAUUUUCCAACCUCAGCUCACCGUCUGGCCUCCAGAAGCUUGAUGAGUAUCUCCUUACUCGCAGUUACAUUUCGGGGUAAGUUUGACUAUAAGUUGCUGCGUUACCUUCAUUGUUGUUAUGCUUGGCGGGACUGACGUAUCAAUGGUACUUGCGUCAGAUAUCAAGCAUCCAAGGAUGACAUCACAGUUUAUGGUGCACUUUCGUCACCACCAUCUUCGGAAUAUGUUAAUGUGUCUCGUUGGUAUAAACACAUUGAUGCCCUUCUGAAGUUGAGGUUAGUCUUCAGGCUGUUUUUCGAGUUCGGUACUUCUGCGAACUUCUCAUCCUUGCUGAAUUCUCAACUUAUUUGGUCAUGCACAGUGGGGUAACCGAAGCAGGCUGUGGUGUGGUAGUUUCUUCUUCUGCUGUUGAGGAGGCGCCAGUAUCUCCUCCUGUUUCUGAUGCUAAGGUAAAGCAUAGUUGAUUGUUCCUUGGAUUUAUCAUGCUGUUAAUCAACCUUUAUGUAUCUCUUCAAAACGUUUUCGAAUUGCAUCUGGGUUGUUUCUGGUCUAAUGAUCCGUGUCCUCUGGACCUGGAGUCUUUAAGUUGGGUGGUGUGUGACUUCGAGUUAUCUGUAGUAUACAGAAACGUCUGGCUUCGAGAUUUUUUUUUUUUAGUUUUCUUUUAACAAUGAUUUUAAUGGAUUUCCUGCACUCGACGUCCCAUGGUUUUUAUUGAUUACUUAUGGCCCCAAAAUGGUGGUCUAGACUAAAUUUAUGCCAGAAUAUUUUAUAUGAACUUCGGACAAGUUGCUUUUGUUUUGACUGGAACUUUAAUUCUCAGGCCCCAGCUGCUGAUGAUGAUGACGAUGAUGACGAUGUUGAUCUAUUUGGUGAGGAGACCGAAGAGGAGAAAAAGGCCUCCGAAGCGCGGGCAGCAGCUGCCAAAGCAUCCGGAAAGAAGAAAGAAUGUUGGUGUUCUUGGAACUAGUCAUUUCUACUGAACCACAAUAUUUUCCUGAUAUUAGAUAUUACUGCUAAUUAUAUUCCUGCGUAUCAUUGGGGGUCAACCCAACAGACCUUCGCCUAGCUCCCGUGAGAAUACUGACAUGUGUGCGAUUUCUCAUCAUGGUUUGCAUCAGCGGGGAAGUCUUCCGUGCUCCUGGACGUGAAGCCAUGGGACGACGAGACCGACAUGAAGAAGCUCGAAGAGGCUGUGAGGGGCGUCCACAUGGAGGGCUUGUUCUGGGGCGCCUGUAAGUCAUCCCCCUCUUAAUAUUUCGAUAAAAAACAUGCGGGUCAACGGGGGUUUGACUCUUCACGAGCUGUUGUUUUGUUCUUCGUGCAGCAAAGCUUAUCCCCGUUGGGUACGGCAUCAAAAAGCUGCAGAUCAUGAUGACCAUUGUCGACGAUCUCGUCUCCGUCGACACUCUGAUAGAGGAGUACCUCACUGUGGAGCCGGCCAAUGAGUACAUCCAGAGCUGUGACAUCGUCGCAUUCAACAAGAUAUGUGAGUGCCCUUUUGACCUUGUCGAUCGAUUACUAUACGGAAUAUAG